AUGAAGAGAAUGAUAGCAGGAAGAAGUGAGGUAAUUGAAAAACAUCCAUCAGUUUUAAAAGGAAGAAAUCAAUUAGAAGAAUUUACAGGAACUAAUGGAAAAAGUUUAAAUGAAUUAGAAGAAAUGUUUAAGAAAUAUAAUGAGUUAAUUUCACAAACAAUACAAAAUCAAACAAAACAAGAAAAAGCAUUAGUUGAAGCAUUAAAAAGAUUAGAUGUAAUUAAUACACAAAUAUUAGAACAACAAACAUUAGCAAUUGAUUAUAAAGAAGAAAAAGAAAGAAUAAAUAAACUUGUUGAAGAUUCAUCAUCAUUAAUUAAUGUCAAUUCUGACAUUAUUUCUAAGUCACAAGAAAUACAAAAUACACUUAGAACAGCUAUUAAUGAACGAUCAAAAAUUGAACAUAAAGACAGUUAUAUUGAAGAAAUAAAUAAUGAAAAGAAUAAUUUAUCACCUGAAGAAGUAGAAGAAAAAUUAAAAGAAAUGAAAGAAAAAUAUACAAUUAAAAAUCCACUAACUCAAACACCAAGUACUCUUGCAAUAAAAGAACAAAUGACAAAAUUAAUUCUUCCAACAAAGUCAUUUGUUCUUGAGUCAUAUGAUAUUCCACAACAAGAAAUGAUAUCAAGACAUGAUACUGAAGAAUUAAAAGAAGAUAAUACACCAAUUCCAAGUCGUCAUAUAAGUAAUUAUUUACAUUCUAAUUCAAUUGGUGGAAGUUGUAUAAAACAAACUGAUCAAAUUGCAAUAGAACGAUUAAUAAAACAACAAAAAAAUAAUAUUUCAAGACAUGGAACAAAAACACUUUCAAGAAAUAUAACAAAAGGUAUUACAGUACAACCAAUAAAUAAAACUAAAACAAAAGAAUUAAUAAAUGAAGAAGAAACAAGAAAAAAUGAAAGAAAAAGUUCAUUAGUAUUAUUAAAAAUGGUAUCAAAUAAAUUAGUUAGAACAAAAGGUGAUAUUAAAAUUAAAGAAAUGUUUAUGGAAAGAUUUAGAAUAAUUAAAGAAUUUACAGAAUAUAUGAUUCAAUAUAUUAAUUGGUAUAAUUGGCUUGAAAGAGAUGUUUAUAAAUAUUCCCUUUAUUUUAAUAUAUUAAAAGAAAAAACAGCAAAAGAAUUAUUUUCGAUAUAUUUUGAAACACUUGAAAGUGAUAGAGAAAUGACUAAAUUAAUAAAUAAUUUAUAUGGAAUAAUAGAAACAACAAAAAUAGGAAAUGAAUGUGAUAGAUUUGAUGAAUUAGUUAAUGGAUUAACUAAAUAUUUAAAUGAAUUACCUAAAUUUAUUGAUUGUGCAAAUUAUAAAGAAAAUACAUUAAAUUAUCUUAAAGAAGUAUUUAAUAAUAAUCAUGAAUUUAAAUUAUUAAUUGAUAAAAAAAAUGAUAGUAAUUGUAUUGAAGAAUUAGUUGAUAUCCCUGAAUUUCAUAUUAAAAAAUUAACUCAAUUUAUUCAAAAUUUAAUUCAAUUAACACCAAUUCCUUUACAAACUGAUAUGUUAAAAGAAUGUCAAUUUAAAAUUAAUUCUAUUGACGUAAUUUAUCAAAAAAGUAAAAUUAAAUUAAAUGAUUUUAAUUAUUUAAAGGAAUUUGGACAUAAUUUACUUGGAUUUGAAGAAUUAACUGGAGAAGAAUUUAUUAAAGAUGGAAGAAGAAUAAUUCAAAAAUAUUCAAUUAAAAUUAUUAAUAAAAAAAAACUAGAAAAAAAAUUAUUAGUUCUUUGUAAUGAUAUUAUUCUUAUUUGUUCUAAACCAAAUAGAAAUGGUUGUAUGGUUACUUAUGCAACUGCUCCUUUAAUUAAAUGUAAUUUAAUUUUAUCACAAUCAUUAAAUGAAGAAUGUGAUGCAAUUAAAAAAGUAACUAAACUUAUUCAACAAGAAGAUUUAAUAAAUUCUUUAUUGAAAAAAGCUAAAAUUAAAAAAUUUCAAGAAAUUCGUAAAUAUUGUAGUUUUUUAGAAUUUAUUGGUAAAAUUGCUGGAAAUCCUAUUAUUCAAUUACAACAAAUUUUAUUUUGGGGUAUUCCUGAAUCAAAUUCUUCUAUUAUUAAAAUCGCUUUAAUUAAUGCCAUUGCUUCAAAGAAAACUUCAUUAUUUUAUGAUGAAAAUGACUAA